UUUCAGGUCCAUCUUUCCCGGCAGCAACAUUUACUGCAUCUGGCUGUGAAACCAUGUGGAAAGGGGCUGUUCUUUGCUUCCUGCUUCUCCAGCUGACGGUUGCUGUGGCAGGAGGCCGUCCAUGCUCUGCCAGGAAUUUUGGGCAUGGCUCGCUGGUGUGUGAAUGUGGGGCUUCCUACUGUGACACCUUGGAGCCUGUCUCCCUCCUUCCUCGGGGUUCCUACAUCAAGUAUGAAAGCAACAAAGCUGGGUCACGUGUGGAGCGCAGUGAAGGAGUCUUGCACGAUGACCCUCCAGGAAAAGGAACUCUCACUCUGAAGAUCAAGACAUCCCAGAAAUAUCAAAAAAUCAAGGGCUUUGGUGGGGCGUUGACAGAUUCGGCGGCAAUCAAUAUCCUGGCGCUCUCUCCAAAGGCUCAGACAAAUCUCCUCAAAUCCUAUUUCUCAGAACAAGGGAUCGAAUACACCUUGGUCCGCGUCCCCAUGGCGAGCUGCGAUUUCUCCGUGAGGCUCUACACGUACGACGAUUCGGAGGACGACUUUGAGCUGAAAAACUUCAGCCUGACGGAGGAAGACACCAAAAUGAAGAUCCCAAUCCUUCAGCAAGCCCAAGCUGUGGCCAAGAAGCCACUUUCCCUCUAUGCCAGCCCUUGGACCUCCCCAGUGUGGAUGAAGACCAACGGGGCCAUGACAGGCCGGGGGACUCUCAAAGGGAAGCCGGGAGACAGAUACCACAAGACCUGGGCCAACUAUUUCAUCAGGUUCUUAGACGAGUACGCCAAGCAUAACUUGACUUUCUGGGCUGUGACGGCCGGGAACGAGCCAACGUCUGGCGACAUCAUCUUUUACCCCUUCCAGUGCCUGGGCUUCUCUCCUGAGCACCAGAGGGACUUCAUCGCCCGAGACCUGGGUCCUGCCUUGGCCAACAGCUCUUACAAGGGCAUUGAGCUAAUCAUUCUGGAUGACCAAAGGGUGAUGCUCCCUUACUGGGCCGAAGUGGUUCUCAAGGACCCCGUGGCGGCCAGUUACGUCAAUGGGAUCGGCAUCCACUGGUAUUUGGAUUUCCUGGCCCCCAUCGACUUGACUCUCUCUAUCACUCACCACCUUUUCCCCAAGUAUUAUCUCAUCUCCACCGAGGCCUCUACAGGAUCGUAUUUUUGGGAGCCCCGUGUGGUGUUGGGGGAGUGGGAUCGCGGCAGCAAAUACAGCCACAGCAUCCUUGCGAAUCUCAAUAACUACGUCACAGGCUGGACGGACUGGAACCUUGUCCUGGACAUGGAAGGAGGCCCCAACUGGAGCAAAAAUUAUGUUGACAGUCCUGUCAUUGUAGACGCGGCCAACGAUGUGUUUUACAAACAGCCCAUGUUUUAUCACAUGGCACACUUCAGCAAGUUCCUCCCGGAGGGAUCCCAGAGGAUUGAGAUUCAGAGGAGCAAGUGGACCGACCUGGAAUAUUCGGCCUUCUUGCGUCCAGAUGGCUCGGCGGCCGUUGUUGUCUUGAACAGGUCCCACAAGGACGUCCCGUUUGUCAUCUCCGACCCUGGCGUGGGCCACAUCGAGGCCGUGUCGACCGCUGACUCCAUCCAGACCUACCUCUGGGAGCGGCCCAUGGAGGCAGCGGCAGUACCCCCCACUCAGCAAUAAAUGUUCUGCGCCCGUGAGAUGGGUUGGCGUUAGCAGGGAGAAGGGGAGAUCAGGAUGCGGUUGCUGCAGGAAUCCUGGGGAUGGGCCUGCCAGCUCUGCGGGAAGGCCUAUAUGAACCAGGAACUGAACGGGGUGUUUUCUCUGCAACUGGUGUUGGAUAGGUCAACGCUCUCAGUUUCACCCAGAGAGCAGACCUGCUAACGUUACUGGACCCAAUCUAGCCAUGCCCAUUACUUCCAGCGGGUCUACUCUGAGGAGGACCCAGCAUUGCCUGCAUAAAAAUGCCGUAAGACAGGUGCGGGGGAACGACCUUUGACCCCGACGACGUUGCCGAACGACAGCUCCCAUCAGCGAGCGCAGCUGGUGGAAGCUGCUUUUGAACAAUGUUCCUGCCUCCCAGCUCCCAGCAGCCCCAGCAGGCAUGCCCAAGGGAUGAUGGGAGUUGUAGUUCAGCAACUUCUCAAAACCCUGCACUGGCUAUAAAACUCCGAGUUUUAUAAAACGCCUAAGCCAGCCCUCUCCUUGCUAUUUGAGUUGCCAUUCAUUCCAUAGAGGGCUUUACAGUGUCCACCUCACGGGGCUGAUCUCUUCCUCCUAUCUCAGAUGUUUUCAUACAAUAAACCAGGUUUUUUUCUCUUUUUCUAGAAA